AUGAGUGAACUUCCGAAAAAGAUGAGUCUCCAAACAUUUUCAAUUUUCAUAAUAUUUUUCCUCGUAAAACUCGAGUUUUCCUUGUCUACGAAACAUGGUAUAGUGGAAAUCACUGCAAGUAAUUAUCAACGUUUAGUGAUUGACGGAGACAAAGAUGCCUGGAUUGUCGCUGUGAAAGGUGCUGGGAAAGUUUCAAUGGACGAAUGGAGGAAAACUGAGCUUGAUAUGCGUGGCUUGUCUGUGCGAGUCGGAAUAAUUGAUCCAGACACUGAUGGUGCAUUUUUGAAGAGGAAGGUAAACUGUUCGUUAUUUCGUGGUCAAAGUUUAUCAGUCAUUUUGCGAUUAACUCUGUCACUCCCAGGAUCUCAUUAGUAAUUCUCUUUACUGUCUUUCAUACAAUUCUUAUAAUGAUAGUUCUGAGAAUUUGUUAUUAGAUCAACUAUUAAUCCCCUAACUGAUAUGGUUCCUUAUUCUCAAAACUUACGUGGUUGAUAUUUGAACUGAUAUUGUAAGGAGAAAUUCUGUCUUGGUCACUCAGAAGAAUUAAAGCGUUAAGAUAAAGAUGUAUCCCCAUGGAUAAUACACCUCGUGUGCUAUGAAGGAAAUCAACGUGUCAUACUGUUAAUGGUAAUCAUACUGAUUACACAUCAUGGUCACAAUAACGUCUGUUUUGUACCUUAGGGUUUCCUCCAGAGAGACAAAAAAUAUUCGGUGGCUCGUGUUUUUCCUUACGGUGGUUACAAAAUAAAAUCAGCGGGAAAGAAAGAUGUGAAAUCUCGAUUAGAAGCCGAAACUGAGGUGCUAGAAAGUCUUCCAGAUGAAACAACCAAAGUUUCAACAAUGGAAGAACUACAGCACUGUGUGAGAAGAGGAUACACAGCCAAACCCCUCAAAAUGCCAGUUUUGCUACUGACAGGUAACAUAUUUUUCAGUAGGGGAGGGAGGGGGUGGUGUUCAAUCAAUUUUUUCUUGACAAAGGGGGGUAGGGGUGGUAUGUUACCUUUGUACCCAACACCUCCCUAGCUAAUAAAGCCACUGGUUACCAUAAAAUUGAAAUGAGUGGGGGCCUUACGCAUGUACUGCCCUCGCGAGUGCUAAGGUUAACUUUCAUGUAAGAUAGUGUGUUUGGUCUAAUAAAACAGUAGGGUUUACGUUCACGGGCAUAAACAUGUUUUGGGUCAACUCGGAGUCAUUUUAGCCCGAGCCGGUAGAUGAUGACUUUGAGGAGGGCUCAAAACAAAUUUAUUCCCAAGAACAUAAACUGUACUACUAUUUAUAGACUUUAUACCACCUAGGAAGGCAUUGAGAAAUAAGAAACUGAGGAAAAAAGACGACAGAACAGUCUGAACAGCCACGCGAGUGUGCAAGCGGGCUAAAAUACAUUUAGCCGCAAUACCCGUGACAAUAAAGUGAUGGUGGAGAAAGAUGUUUUUUCCUCUUAUCACGAGCGUGGGACAAAGAAAAGAUUCUGAGUCCCCAUGAGGAAUCGAGCCUCAGACCUUCGGUUUCUGCGCUCCAAUGCUCUAUCAUUGAGCCACAGAGACCCAUGGUGAGCGAGGUCUAUUAUGAAGUUCAUACAGUGACAAUAAUUGGGUAAGGUUCAUGUAUAAGGAGCUUGACUGUCUUUGUGCCACGCUCCCAACACAGGUGUACAAAGAUAACAGUGAAAAGUCAUAAAAUAAACUCUCUACACCUUAAGAUCGGUAUUCAUAUUCUCCAUACUGUUCUCUGUAUAUUUAUUAAGGUGCUGACAAGGAGAAUUUGUCUAACCAUCAAUAGUUUCUUUAGCCGGGUGAUCAUUUCCUUUAUUCUCGUGACAUUAAUGUGUGCUUUAGUGGUGAUAUCGUAAGGAGAAAUUAGAUGCUAGUCACUCUUAGGGGUUAAAGGGUUAAUAAAUAUUUUGAUCCACUCUCACCUUUUUUUCUUUUUCAGACAAAAGUAUCACAUCGCCUGUUUUUCGUGCUAUUGCCCUCAAAUAUUCCAAAUAUUUCAACUUUGUUGUCCUUCACAAGCCGAGUCAAGAGGUGUUGCACAAUUUCCAACUAAGACAGACUCCAGCAAUCCUGGUCAUGAUUGCAACACAAAGUGAAGACAAGCAAAUCAUUAGAUUUAGCUCAGUGAUUUACGACACCAAGGAAUAUGGUGGAAUAUCUUACCUUAAUUUGACAAGAUUUUUCUUCUCUGUCCAUGAGAAGCAUUGGCUAGACCACCCAGACGCGAAGAAAUACAAAGGAAAAGUUGGCUUGAGAGAGUUCUUCAUUGAAGACGUGAAGAACACACUGGGGGGAGAGUUUGAGAGUGACAAACGAGAAGAUGAGAGUAAAGUGGCCAAAGAAAUUACGUUCGAGAAUCAAAACAGAAUGUGUGCAGAUUCUAAUAGGGGCUUAUGUCUCAUCUACUUUGUGGAUGGCAAGGACAAGAAAGGGGUCAGAAAGGCUUUGAAGUUUUUUAAAGAUCUACGGAAAAUGUCAAACGUCAGAGGUGAGAAAAUAUUUCGAUCUAUAACUAAAGGCAUCUUGAAAUGUUUCUUGUGAAUGAGAGACGGCAUCCGAGAAAAGCAGCUUUAGGGACAUGAUAGGUUUUUAUUCUUAUAAUACUGAGUUAAUUAUUAGUUCCGGUAGCGAUGCAGAAUAAUACGUUUGUCUUACUUUGGAGAAAAAAAAGCCCGCCAUUACAAUUAUCUAGUGUAAAAUAAAAGAUAAUUUAAGUGAGAAUGUAUGAAAACCUCAAAGGAUAAAGGACAGGAAAAUCCCACAACCAGGUAUCCUCUCUUUACCAGAAAGUCCUGCAAAACCGCAGCACGCUGUCCCUAAAAUAGCUUAGACUUUCUGCCUACGAGCUCCCUCCCUCCCUUCUCUCCCUCCCUUCCAUCCCUACCCCCCUCACCGUCCGUCCCUCCCCUAGAAGAGAAUUGAAUUAAUCAAAUUCGGCUGAAAUUAUUCUUAACGAGAUUAUUUCUUUUAAAAUUCUUCCAGGUAAACCUGUACUCUAUCUCUGGAUUAACGGAUCCUGCCAUCCUGAAUAUGGAGAAAUUUUUGGAAUCUCUCCGCACAACCUUCCGAUGUUGCUGUUUGCAAAACCAAUGCAGCGGUUGUUUAAAACUCUGAGUGGACGCUUUACAAAGGAAAAAGUCAGUGAUAUUAUAUGGAAUAUAUUUCUGGACCGUGAGGCGUUGUCGCCUUUUUCACGGUUUAACGAAAUUCUCCCCGUUGACUGCCAGAAAGGGGCGCCUUCGAAGCGAAUUAAGAGAGAGGAAAAUCAAGAUAAGAAUAUGAAAAGAAAGGAGAAGAAAAAGAGCGAAAAGUAA